ACGCGGUUUAUUGUAACCAGUCACAGUUCAUAUAUGCUUAAUUAUGCUCUCACGCUAAAGAUGGAGUCUGCAAACCAAAUCAACAAUUGAAUCUCCUCCUUCACGAAACCUCCAAUCCAAUUAAAUCUCUAUCCUUUUUCGGUUUCGGAUUACAUUAUCUCCACGGCAAGCGCCAUAGGCAAUCUUCGCCCUUAAGGUUUCAGGGGAAUUCUCUUUGCUUUGCUUCUCAGAGAACAAUCCAUCGAUCCGGCAGCGCCGUGAAAGAGUCACCGGAGGCGAUUUUGCGUCGUAAGAUCGCCGUUUAUGGCGUUUACGUGGGGAUCUGCUCUCCGGGUUUCCGUACUUUUGAUCCUUGUAGCUGCAAUUGUCUUAGCUUGCUAUUUUCUCCCCGUCGAGCAGCUUUUGAAGGAUUUUUUGUUAUGGGUUGAACAAGAUCUAGGUCCUUGGGGACCUUUUGCCCUAGCUGUUGCGUACAUUCCUUUAACAGUUUUGGCUGUUCCUGCCUCGGUUCUAACGAUCGGUGGUGGCUACCUUUUUGGGCUGCCAAUUGGUUUUGUGGCUGAUUCGGUCGGUGCUACACUUGGCUCAGGAGCAGCAUUCCUUCUAGGCCGUACUAUUGGAAAACCUUUUGUAGUUGCAAAAUUGAAGGAUUAUCCUCAGUUUCAGUCAGUGGCACUUGCAAUUGAGAAAUCCGGUUUCAAGAUAUGCUUGCUGCUCCGGCUUGCUCCUCUUCUUCCCUUCAGCAUGUUGAACUACCUCUUAUCUGUAACGCCAAUUCCGCUGGGGCCAUACUUGCUUUCUUCUUGGUUAGGGAUGAUGCCAAUAACGCUUGCGUUAGUGUAUGUUGGAACAACUCUAAAAGACCUUUCUGAUGUGACUCACAAGUGGAGUGAAUUCUCGCUAAGUCGUUGGGCUUUCUUGAUUUCAAGCCUUGUAAUAUCCGUGAUAUUAAUGGUCUGUGUUACCAAGGUGGCACAGAACGCUCUGAGAAAAGCUUUAGCUGAGCACGGAGGAGACAUGAACGGAGCGGUUGCAGCGUCGCCGGAGCUGAACGUUACGUCUGAUGACGCUCCGGCGGAUUUAAAUGAGCCUCUAUUAAUAAAGAUAGAUUCUCAACAACCACCUCAGGACCAAGAAAACCGUAGUCAUUAAAGAAGCUACUGGUUAAUUACUUUGUACAAUAAUAUUUUUUUAUCUUUUAACUUACAAAGCUUAGGUUCUUUGGGCAAAAGAGUCAGCCGUUAAUGCACAGAUGAUAUAUAUCGCUGUAGUUUUUCGUUUUCUUGGUUUUUGUUUGUAUAAUAACAUAGAUUAAUAAAUUAUUUUAAAAAAAAA